AGACUUUCCCUUACUUUUGUUUUCUUGGCCUGGUUCGUCUGCAUUUUUUAAGUGUGCGUCGUGCGAGGGCUACGGAGUAGUGUUGUUAUUUGUAUAUCUUUUAUUGGGACCCUCUGUUGGUUGAGAGUAAAUUUUUUCGGCUGCAUUCUUUGUGAGCACGCGUUUGGAGAACACUUGCUAAACAUCAGAAUAAAAAGGAGAGCAUAUGAGAUGCUGUCCCAUCAUCUGAAGCUGAAGAUUCGACAGACAUGAAGCCAGAUCUGUCUGAAUUGGCUGCUUUGUACAGGAGGAACAGUGGCCGAAGUCUCCUGCACCUUGCAACCUUUGAUGGUGAAACUAAUGCAUUGAUGCACCUUCUCCAGGAAGGAGCGGACCUCAACUUCUGCAAUUAAGCUGAGGUUAUUGCUUUUCUGCAUCGACAUGGUGCUAACUGCCAUGCCAAAGUUCUCCGUGAUAAAACGCCAUUGGACUUUGCAUGGAGUCCUGAUGCCGUCCAAGCGCUGAAUGCAGCCUUCAGAACCUGCACCUGUGCUGGAGAAGGCAGUGGCUGCGUGCAUUUGCAAGCAGGGUGCUUUUGACAGCAGGAAAGGAGGCACAGAAGUGGACUUCAAGCAAGAUCUGCCACAGAAAGGUCCCGUGGCAGGUGGCGACAACUACCAACAGUGUCCCCUGCCAUGAAAAACUGCCUGCAAAGAAGUCAAUUGCAGAAAGUGGUGAACAGUCCUGGCUCGGCCCGCUUGACCUUGCGUUUCCAGUCUGUUAAGACAAGUGAUGAUAAGGAGUUGCUCCCGAACCACACUGUCCCAGUGUACGAUUCCUCAGUCACGUCCAGACACCUUUCCUGUUUUUCCAGCAUGGAAGCUCGAGCAGAUGGGUAUACCUAUAAUGGUAAAAAAGAAGAACCUUCCACCACAACUAUUACCUCAACAGCAGCCGACGUAGUGUCUUCCAGCAGUCCUCUGACUAGCAGCGAACAGAGUUUGGCUUCAAUGGCCGAACCUUCUACCCUAAAUGGCUCAACUUCUGACACGCAUGGUGAAGAUGCUCUUUCAGAAGAGCCACUCCGGAAACGUCGACGCAGCAGCAAUGACAGCACUAAUGGCACCCUCACACCCACAGGCAAAGGGCGCUCUUCACGUGGUGAUAAGGCAAGGGCGUCGGACAGCGACGCUGCAUGCCCUCGUAAACGUGGUAACAAUUCAAGUUCAGACACGGAAAGUGGCCCCAGUGAGCAAGAGAUGGAUGGUGACCCUACCACCCAGGACUCUUAUGGAAAUGGACAUUCUCCCAAGGUGCCACCACUCAAGAUAGUGUUGCCUUCAAGUGGCACAGGUAAUCUUGAAGGUACUGAACCAGCUGGUGGUGCCAACUCCAAAGAGCGCAAGGUUUCCUCAAGCAAGCCUGCCUUGCCUUAUGUAGUGAAUGCUGCGGAAUCCUUGAGUGAAGGAUCUCCCAGUGAGCAGGCUGUGGAAGAGAAGGAGCGACGGCGAGAAGAAGAACGCUGUCAGAGGGUCACACGAAGUAGCCACAGGGCUGCCUUGACCCAUGAGGAAGAAGUGGAGGAUGCACCUGAGGUACACCCUCGGAAGCGCAAGCUGAGAGCUCGGGAAGAUCAGCAGCAGCCUCAACAGCAGCAGCAGUCACCGCAGCAGCAGCAGCAACAGUCACCACAGCAGCAGCAGCAGCAACAGCAGUCAACACAGCAGCAGCAGCAGCCAUCACAGCAGCAGCAGCAGCAGCCACUACAGCAGCGGCAGCAAGAGCAGCAGCAACAGCAGCUGCCAACACAGCAACGGCAGCAGGAGCAGCAGCAGCAGCAGGCAGGCGUAGCUUCUCCUUUAGAGCCUCCAACCCUCAUAGAGGAAGUGAGUCAACCAGUCACCAAUGGCUUCCAGAUGUAUCUAGACAUCCGCAAGCAAGUGGAGAAGCGGCGUCAGGCCAUGCUGGUUGUACACCCCAAACCACCCCAAGGUUUCAAGGACUACCUUCUCAAUCGUGGCUCCUAUGUCCUCGAAGGAAAUCCAUCGUCACGCCUCUCUGUGCCCAUGUGCGACGUGCUUCUGCAUCGGGCACAGUGCAACUUUGGCACUCCGGUGCUUCGUAGCCGUAGCGUUGCGAAGUGGGAUGGCAUGCUCGAAGCCUCGUCAGUAGUAGACUAUCAGUACUUCCACGUGGCAAAGGAUGAGAAGAAUAAGACAAAGAAAAGGAAGGAGAGUCGUAGAGAGUCGGACGACAUCAAAUGGAGUGAAACUGAUUUCCCAAGCCUGAAGCCUCCUUCAGGAACCCAGGACACAGUGGUGCCAUCGCGCAGCGGACUGGCUAAAGCAGUCAAAUCAAUGAACAGAGACCCCACAGAAAAUAAGACUGCUGAACAACCGGAACAGCAAAGCUAUGUGUCUGCACUGCAGCGACCCCAAUCACAUUGCGAUGAAAAAACACCACAGGAGGACUGCCAACAGGUGCUACGUGCUCUCUUCAAGGCCCUGCGAUCACACAUAAAGAAGAUGCCGGCGAGCUCGAUGAAGGACAUGCUCGAAGUAGUCCUGGCUCUCAAUUCAAGACCUGUACAGCAGUUCUUUGGAGGUCACUGCUUUUCAAGUGCGGCUGGGAAACCGAAGCCUCAGUGUGGCGUCCUUAUAUUGGUGAACAGUCCUGGCUCGGCCCGCUUGACCUUGCGUUUCCAGUCUGUUAAGACAAGUGAUGAUAAGGAGUUGCUCCCGAACCACACUGUCCCAGUGUACGAUUCCUCAGUCACGUCCAGACACCUUUCCUGUUUUUCCAGCAUGGAAGCUCGAGCAGAUGGGUAUACCUAUAAUGGUAAAAAAGAAGAACCUUCCACCACAACUAUUACCUCAACAGCCGACGUAGUGUCUUCCAGCAGUCCUCUGACUAGCAGCGAACAGAGUUUGGCUUCAAUGGCCGACUCUACCCUAAAUGGCUCAACUUCUGACACGCAUGGUGAAGAUGCUCUUUCAGAAGAGCCACUCCGGAAACGUCGACGCAGCAGCAAUGACAGCACUAAUGGCACCCUCACACCCACAGGCAAAGGGCGCUCUUCACGUGGUGAUAAGGCAAGGGCGUCGGACAGCGACGCUGCAUGCCCUCGUAAACGUGGUAACAAUUCAAGUUCAGACACGGAAAGUGGCCCCAGUGAGCAAGAGAUGGAUGUGACUACCACCCAGGACUCUUAUGGAAAUGGACAUUCUCCCAAGGUGCCACCACUCAAGAUAGUGUUGCCUUCAAGUGGCACAGGUAAUCUUGAAGGUACUGAACCAGCUGGUGGUGCCAACUCCAAAGAGCGCAAGGUUUCCUCAAGCAAGCCUGCCUUGCCUUAUGUAGUGAAUGCUGCGGAAUCCUUGAGUGAAGGAUCUCCCAGUGAGCAGGCUGUGGAAGAGAAGGAGCGACGGCGAGAAGAAGAACGCUGUCAGAGGGUCACACGAAGUAGCCACAGGGCUGCCUUGACCCAUGAGGAAGAAGUGGAGGAUGCACCUGAGGUACACCCUCGGAAGCGCAAGCUGAGAGCUCGGGAAGAUCAGCAGCAGCCUCAACAGCAGCAGCAGUCACCGCAGCAGCAGCAGCAACAGUCACCACAGCAGCAGCAGCAGCAACAGCAGUCAACACAGCAGCAGCAGCAGCCAUCACAGCAGCAGCAGCAGCAGCAGCCACUACAGCAGCGGCAGCAAGAGCAGCAGCAACAGCAGCUGCCAACACAGCAACGGCAGCAGGAGCAGCAGCAGCAGCAGGCAGGCGUAGCUUCUCCUUUAGAGCCUCCAACCCUCAUAGAGGAAGUGAGUCAACCAGUCACCAAUGGCUUCCAGAUGUAUCUAGACAUCCGCAAGCAAGUGGAGAAGCGGCGUCAGGCCAUGCUGGUUGUACACCCCAAACCACCCCAAGGUUUCAAGGACUACCUUCUCAAUCGUGGCUCCUAUGUCCUCGAAGGAAAUCCAUCGUCACGCCUCUCUGUGCCCAUGAUUCCACUACCACAGUCACUGAGUGGGUCUCCAAUGCGGGACCUGUUUCUAGACCAGGAACGUGAACGGUAUAAGUUGCGAUUGCAGCACCUGAUUGAACGGGAGAAGUUAGUGUUGUCAGCUGAGCAAGAAAUUCUUCGUGUGCAUGGGCGAGCUGCCCGUGCAAUCCAAAAUCAGGCUGUUCCUCUGUCUGCUUGCAGCAUACUCAGGGAUGAGGAAAUCUACAAUGUCCUAAAGCCAGAACAGAUGUGUGUCAAAAGUCCUGAAUCUAUCCCAGACAAGAAGGAUGAUAAAGACAAGAAUGUGCGAUCUAGAUAUAAUGGACGUCUCUUCUUGUCGUGGCUGCAGGAUGUUGAAGACAAGUGGGAAAAAACAAAGGAAAAAAUGCUACUUCGGCAGCACAAUGAAGCAGAAAGCUUGCAUGCUGUGCAGAAGUUGGAUUGGGAGUGGAAGCUCAAAGAACUUGGCCUUUGUGAAGUCAAGGCAACACCUGUUAUCGACGACAUUUGCGUGCCCAGCGUGCAUGUUAGUGACGAGUUUGAUGUGCUGCCUGCAUGACAAGGCCUACCAAUGAAGAUAUGCCUGAUGGACUGCUGUGGAAGUGUGUGUGAAGCUGAGAACCACAAAGACAUUUUCUACACAGGAAUAGUAUUGAUGGAACUGGGUAAUUGUUGGUGUUUUAACACAACACGCUGGUUCACAAGACCUUACAAUUUUUUAACAAACGUUCAGGAAGUGCAUGGUCACCUGCUAGAUAGGUGCAGUUUUACAGCUGCAUUGGUGUGGGAAUGAAAAUAAAGCCCUGGUAACAUGCUCUUACCUUUCCCUUGAAAAAUGCAGGGUUCCACAAAAUUUUGUACGGUGGUAAUUGAGGCAUGCUGCCAGCUCAUCAAUAGAAUUUGCUGGACAACUUACUAUUGUCUACUAAAAGCAGAAUGGUUUGAUGCAGGCAUUCCACUGGUUGCCUGUUUAUGAAACUUGUGAUAUUUGUUCGGAGUCCAUUGUGCCAUGGGUGAUCAUAACCAUUCGAGCCUGGUUUUAAAUUUUCCGUUUGCCAGGCAUGGUAGUUUUAAUGGGCAGAUUCUUUUGUAUCUAGAUGUCACACUGUGGAAGUCACUGAAUGUGAACUUGUUGCCCUUAUGGGAUCUUGCAUGAUGCUGUAGUUAAUGAAAAAGUUUCUUUUAUGGACAAAAGAAUAUUUCUGCUGUUUUAAUAUCUGAUGUACCCAUCAAUGUUUUGAAUGUUUACAGUUGUUUAUAGGCAAUGGCAGCAUUGACAGUGUUCAUCCCCAUUUUUAGACAUUUUUUUAAUGGCAUGUGUAAAUAAACAUUCUCACAGUAGUUGUCCCUUGCUUGUGUUAAAUUACAGUGGCUGAAUGCCAUGCAUCUGCUCAU